AGGCGGCUUUGGAAGGGUUUGAAAUCUCCAAUUGCUUUAGGUACUUAUGUCUAGCGCGUGAUCAUGCUUCAUCCUUAAUCUCCUUUUACAUUUGUAAUAAAGUUAGUUCAUUUCGAUAUGAACACUGAACUAGUCGAUAACAGGUCUCAGAUUCCGGCGCAAAAUUCAUUCAUCCGUUUGGCACAAUACCGUUUUAGCAUCACAGCUGAUGUCAAUUCGUGAUGAAAACCCUAAAUCUAAUUCAUAACCUUAACCAUCAACUGACUGUAAAUCAAAUCAUGAGAGGAAAGUCAAGGAAGCGCGGUUCAAAGGUCGUUAUUGAGAAACAGAAACCAAAAGUUUCCAAGACAGUUCCUGAAGAAGAAAGUCCAAUAUCUGAUUAUCCAAUUUCCGAUGAAAUCCAAAGGCGUAUUUCAAUGAUUGGUCAAGGAUUUCAUCUCAAGUGCUCUCCAGACUUUCCAUUGUUUUACGAGUUUUGUGAAACUCUUCGUGCCGACGCCCCACUUGAAGCACUAUUAGAUGUCGGAUUUCGUCUGGUUGGUCCAUUUGAAAUACUUCAUUUAGGAUUCAAAGAGCCAGUGAAAAAUGGCCAAUGGUCAAAUUAUUACCGUUUUUAUCACGAUCCUCCGGAGUUUGUGACAGUGAUUAUAUGCACUACUGAACAAUACCAUAUAGGCUACUUCCGGGAUUCAUGCGAAUCUAAACCAUUUCUAGUCAAAUCAACGCCUAUGUCCAAUGGAGUCCUAGAGUAUUGUGGUCAGAAUUUGUUUGCUUGUCUAAGGUCUAUCCUGCAAGAAAAAUGUGCUGAAUCUACUGACUUGUUAAAAAGUCUUAUUGAAUUUGCAUCUUUUAAAAAUAUUCCAACAGGUUUAUCAUCGUUUUAUAUGAAGGAUCGAAAGAAACGUCAAGUGUGUGCCACAACAAACCAUAUAGGUUUAAUGGUCGAUGUGACUAAGAAUGACAUUGGAUACCGUCCUUUAAAUAUUUCUUACGCUGAACUAAACAAAAGACUGGAAGAUAUUGUCAGUGAGAAGUCAAAAGAACGGCAGUUAAUUAAAUUUGCUCCAAUCGAUGAGUUGAUUACCUGUGUUCAGUUUGCCAACGAUGAAGGAGAUUUUGGUCAAGGUUUAGAAUUGGGCUUAUCAAUAUUAGCAUUUCAUCCUAAAGGUAAUAAGAAGUAUUAUGAAAAAACUGUUAAGUCGAUUGUUUAAGCGAUUGUGUGGAAUAAAGCAACGCUGUCAAUAUAACUGUAGUCGAUUCACAAGUCAAGGGGGGGGGGUAAAAUUAAAUUAUUUAUUAUUAUAAUACAGUCAACUCAUGUUAAUGCUAUUUAAAUGAAAGUUAAUGGAAACUAGAGUGUUCGAGUUAAAAUGAACAAAUUUGUUCUGAAAAUGUUUAAAGUUCCUUUGGAUUUGAGUAUGAAGUUAGUUUGAAUUUCCGUGAAUCUUGCUAACGAUAGUUCAUCAAAUGUUGGUUUCUCCUUCAAACAAGAUUUGGUUGGGACAUGAGUCCAGUGAGUUGUGGUAACACUAUUAAAAUAACUGCAAGUUUUUUCUAAAUGUUAUUAAAUGAGAUACAGUUCAUCAUAUAUACAAAGUCUACGUAAAGUGAAUACUAGUAUGACGUCAAAAUCCUAGACUUAAAAGAAUACAUAUCAGUACAUGGAGUGAAAAAAACUGAUUGUGUUAGUCAUAUAGUCAUCUGGAAUGUUGAUCACCAUCUCCACAUUUAUAAACUCUUAUCUUCAGGAGGUUCCAUCAGAUUUUCACCAAACAAUAAUGUUAUAUUCUUACUAAUUGUAGUACGUUUUUCACACUAACAAUUUUAUUUUAUUUUAGCUCAACCGCUAGAGACAGCAAACAUAUUUAACAAUAAAAUAAAACAUUUAUUGUCUGUCGGUUAUACUUUAGCCAAUAGAAAGGAAUUCAGUCAAGUAAUUCAGUCUCAUAUGGAUGACAGACGUAUUGAACCACUAACUUUCACAUAAAUUACCUUUGCUGUAUUUAUCUAUUUGGAUCGCACAUAGGUGUCAUCUUACGCAUGCAUUUAUUUUUAUAUUAAUUGUGAAAAUUUCAGAGUCUGUUGGUUUUAUUAUUGUAAACAUUUUAAAUUAAGACUUUUAACAAAUUGUUUUUUACUUACUGCUGUUUGUUAUUCCAUGGGAUUAGGUGUUUUUAAAUGAUGACUUGAAGUCAUUUACUGAAUAUUGUGUAAUAUAUGUGGGAUCCAGUUGG